UUGAAUUUUAAAACACUUGCUUUGUGCAGUUUGGCCUGAAAACGCCGAAGAUGAUGAACAACGGAGUGUCCACUCUCCGCACGUGCCUCCGCCUCCCGGAGCGUCCAAUUUUUCGUGCAGCUCCGUUCUCCUUCCGUUUCCGGCGCCGGUUUCUCGUAACCGCAUCACUAACUGAGAAAAAGAAAGAGAAGGUGAUAGUUAUUUCUGGACCUACCGGUUCCGGCAAGAGUCGUCUCGCAAUGGAACUCGCAAAACGCCUCAAUGGUGAAAUCGUUAGCGCCGAUUCUGUUCAGGUGUAUAAGGGUCUUGAUAUUGGAUCUGCCAAGCCUUCCUUAAAUGAUAGAAAGGAAGUGCCGCAUCAUCUGGUUGAUAUACGUCACCCAUCUGAAGAUUAUUCUGUUGGACAGUUUUUUGAGGAUGCAAGGCAAGCGACAAGAUCUAUUCUUGACAACGGCCGUGUUCCAAUAGUUGUUGGGGGAACUGGACUGUAUUUAAGAUGGUUCAUAUAUGGAAAGCCAGAUGUGCCUAAAUCCUCUGUCGAGAUAACAUCUCAAGUUUGUAUGGAGUUAGCUGAACUACAGAGAAAUGACGACUGGGAAGCUGCUGUGCAGUUGGUGGUAAAGGCAGGUGAUCCAAAGGUCCAACAUAUAGCAGUGAAUGAUUGGUACCGAUUACGGCGUAGUCUAGAGAUUAUUAAGUCUAGUGGAUCACCUCCUUCAGCUUUUCGGGUACCGUAUGAUUCUUUCAGGAAACAGGGUGAUUGUAGAAUUGCUGAUAGUUCUGAUUCAGCUGAUACGAAUACUUAUAAUGAUGCAAUCAAAGAAACCGCCGAUUCAGUAAAGUUAGACUACGAGUUCAUGUGUUUUUUCCUUUCUAGCGACAGACUUGACCUCUAUAAAUCAAUUGAUUAUCGUUGUGAAGAUAUGCUAUUAGGAGAAGAUAGCCUUUUAUUUGAGGCUCAGUGGCUUCUUGAUACCGGUCUUCAUCCAAACACCAACUCUGCAACAAAAGCAAUUGGUUACAGACAAGCCACAGAGUACUUACUAGGAUGCAGAGAACAAGGGGGUCAGAGUUCAGCUGGACAGUUUUACAGAUUUUUGUCUGAAUUUCAAAAAGCAUCACGGAAUUUUGCGAAACGGCAGUUGACUUGGUUUCGCAAUGAGCGUAUAUACCAUUGGCUUGAUGCUUCUAAACCUCUGGAAACUAUUCUGAACUUCAUUCAUGACGCAUACCAUGAUCGGAAUGGAAGACUAUUUGUGCCUGAACACCUUAGAAUGCCAAGAGAUAUUUCAAAUUCCCGAAUAGCUGCAAAACUAAAGGCUUACCGCACCAGAAAUAGGCAUUUUGUGAACGGGGAAGAUUGUUAUCCUAUUUUGGAAUGGAUAAAGAAGACCCAAAAGUGAAGGGAUGGAGAUUUUAUGUUACAUUCCCUUGAACUGGUCGUAUAUUUGGAAUCAUAGAGGAGCAUAGUUAACUUUACAGGUUACAUAGAAAGUUUUGUUUUUGUUGUCCUUGCUUGUUAACAUGGUUUUCUUGACUUUAUGUAGCAUAUUAUUGAUUGAUAGAACAAUGUAAUGACAACUGAAUUUGUAAGUUAAUUUAUUUUCCCUUCUUUUACGCAAA